AUGGAUUGCGACGCCCCCACUCAUGACGGCAAUGGGUACUCUCUGUCGCCAGCGACAGACCUCUUAGCUGAGAAGCAAGACUUGACUCAAACCGAAGACUGGAACCGUGUCGAGGGGUGGUUCCAGAAGCUCCAUGCUCCGGGCUUUGGACGACCCAGCGACGCAGAUGAGCUUUCAGCGUCUCCGGACGGGAAACAGAUUGCCUUCACAUCCACCACUCGGUUAUCACUUGAGAAAACUCGGAGACGUAUACACCUGAUUGAUCUGGGCGAUGGCAAUACUGGCCAAAAGCAAUAUGCAUUGAGAGCGGUGACACAAGGUCCCAAUGAAGACAAGAAGCCGAAGUGGUCUCCAGACAACCGUCGGCUGGCAUUCUUAUCCGACCGCCGGCGCAAGGGUCACUUCCAGCUCUACGCGCUGGAUGUCGGAGGUCUCGUGGGAGAAGCGUACCCUUUGGCCUCGAGCAUCCUCGACGGCGUGGUGGAAGACUUUGAAUGGUCACCGGAUGGAACGUCUUUGCUGCUCAGGCUGGCGGCGUGGGGUCUGCCCAAAUCCGGGUUUGAAGGCUCCGGAACGUUGGCUCCUAGCGAUGAGAGCUCCCCUGCGUGGAUGCCCACUGUCAAACACGGUACACCGGGGUCCCACCUCCGGACGCUCUGGCUGCUUGACGUUGCCUCCCAAAAGGCACGACAGGUCAGUCAGGCCGGAAGGAAUGUGUGGAGAUUCACGUGGGCAGGCAAACGCCACGCAUUUGCUCUGGUCAGCGACGGGCCAAGCGAGGGUGAGUACAAGUACUCCUCGGUCGUACGAAUGUCGCUUGAGGACGGGUCGGAAACCACUCUACGACAGCACGAGGGCAUGCUGUUAGGAGAACUUGCGUCGCCCUUCUCCGGGGCCAAGGUGGCUUUUCCUGAAGCUGAGGGAGGAGAUCGGAGCAAAGUCGCCGGCCCCCUGGUCUGCAUAGAUGUGGCCACUCAACAAAAAACCGCCCUCCCUUCCCAAAAUGUCGAUGUUCACGCGCUCACCUGGCUGGAUGAAGACAAAGUGCUCAUCAUGGGCCUUCGAGGGCUCGACUCGGUCAUGGUGGAGGUAGAUGUCACGUCGAAACAGGCUCGAGAGUUGUGGUCCACUCCCGACACAUGCGGCUCUUCGUUUCCCACCAUGUGUCUGGUGCCCGGUCGUGGCAUCGCCGUUGUCCGCCAUGGCUGGAAGCUCGCGCCGGAGAUCGGAUUGAUCGACGGCCAAUUCACGUACCACCCGAUUCACUCCUUCGACCACCCCGGCUCCAUCUGGCUCCGCGAGCAAUUUGGCCCGAGCGAAACAAUCACCUGGAAGUCGACCGAUGGCGUUGAAAUCCAGGGGUUUCUCUAUCGCCCGGCCCAGGGUUCGGCACCAUUCCCAACGAUUCUAAACGUCCACGGCGGCCCUUUCAGUGCCUUUUCCAGUUCCUGGAUGGGGUACCGACCGUGGGUCGCCUUCCUGGUGGCACAUGGCUACGCCGUCUUCAGCCCCAACCCUCGCGGUUCCGUCGGACGUGGCAGCAAGUUCGCCGCCGGCGUCAAGGGCGACCUGGGCGGAGGCGACGCACGAGAUCUCCUCAGUGGGGUUGACCAUCUGGUGGGAAAAGGCCUCGCCGAUCCUCGCCGUCUGGGGGUCAUAGGAGGUAGUUACGGCGGGUACAUGACGGCCUGGCUGACGACCAUCACCACCCGCUUUUCGGCCGCCAUCCCCAUUUCUCCCGUCACCGAUUGGAGGCUGCACUGGCAGUCGAGCGAUCUACACCAAGACAUUCUCGACGACGGCCUCUAUCGACGCGACAGUCUCUUUGAGACACGCAGUCCGCUACAACAUGUCCACAAAGUCAAAACACCCACGUUGCAGCUGGUAGGGACACAGGACAGUUGCACCCCGCCAGCCCAGGCUCACUACUAUCACGUCGCACUCACUCACCACGGCGUCCGGUCGGCGAUUGUCGAGUAUCCUCUUGAAGGGCACGGCAUCAGACACUUCCCAGCCUUGAUCGACGCUUGUGUAAGGAUGCUGAGCUGGUUCGGUACUUUUGUCACCAAAGCCGAGUGA